AUGAGAUCAAAGAGGGUAUAUGUCUACCCCGGUGUUUAUUAUAUCAACACUAUUUGGAUUAUGUACGGCGAAAGUCAAGCAAACCUAUCGGUGCCGCGGCUUUCGGUAAAGCUUGAUUCAAAUUAUGAGAUCAAAGAGGUUCGUUUGGAUAGCCACGGCGCCGAAAGCCAUUUCAUUCACAGCGAAAAAUUAGUGCGACAAAAGUUUCCCAAAAUCACAACCAGACGACUGGGAACGAGGGGUCAGUCGAAGUAUCAUUACUAUGGGGUCGGCAUCAAGAAGUCGUCCAUUUAUUUUGCUGAUGAAAAACAAGUACAAAAUCAGAAUAAAAUUCAAAACAGAGUAAUAAGCAAGGACAAAGUGCGAAACAUUAAAAGUAGUAAAAUGUCUGGAAAUGUGCGCAAAUCGGUGGUGCGGGCGCUGAAGACGGCCACUCAAGUGAUGCCCCAAUUGGUGUCAAUUAAGCCACAUCUCAGACACUUCCCGCGCGCUUCAGAUUAA